AAUAAUGCAAUAUUGAUCUAACUUGUUUAUUAUUUUUUGUCAAAGAUGGGUUUAAGAAAUUUUCUUUUCGGAAACGAAGCAGUACAUGGCAUCAAUUCUCCCAAAGACUACCUUUACAUCAAGAUUUUACGCUUUAAUCUGCGUAUCAUCGGCUCCUGGCCACAGAAGGAACUGGGAGAGAAAGAGCCCGUGGCCUUGAACACAUUUUUGAAGUACUUUUACUUAUUGGUAACCAUUGGCUGCCAAUACGGUUCCACUAUGUACCUCAGGGCGUAUAACAGUGAACUUACUUUUUUGGAAGCUGGCCAUACUUAUCUGAUGAUUUUAAUGACUUUCAUUGAUAUCUCCAGGAUCACCAUGCUCACAUUUUCCCAGGAAUAUCGGAAAGUGAGCAAAGAAUUUCUUACUAAAAUACAUCUGUUCUACUUCAAAGAUAGUUCUGAAUAUGCUAUGAAGACUUAUAAACAAGUGCACUUGAUGUCUCAUCUGUUUACAUUAUGCCUACUAUCACAAAUGCUAUUUGGUUUGUCUUGUUUCAACCUGAUUCCCAUGUACAACAACUACGUGGCUGGAAGAUACAGAAGUGGGGGGACACAAAACUCUACUUUUGAACAUUCUCUUUAUUUCAAGUAUCCAUUUGAUACCCUCACUGAUAUUAAAGGAUACCUUCUAUCAAAUAUUAUCAAUUGGCUAUUAUCGUAUCUCUGUGCUACCUGGUUCUGCAUGUUCGAUCUCUUUCUAUCUCUAAUGGUGUUUAAUAUUUGGGGUCAUUUAAAAAUGCUUAUUCACACUCUGAACAACUUUCCUAAACCACGAUCAGAUACCAGCUGUUUAAUAGAAGGAGGAAUGACGAUAUCAAGUGCAAAAUAUUCUGAAGAAGAACUCGUAGAAGUUUUUAAAAGACUUAAACAAUGUGUUGAUUCUCACCGAUUGAUUGUUAACUUUACCAACAAUGUAUCAGACGUAUUUGGACCAAUGUUGUUCUGCUAUUACAUAUACCAUCAGACAAGCGGCUGUUUGCUGUUGCUGGAGUGUUCACAGAUGACAGCUCCAGCCCUUAUGCGUUAUUUGCCUCUAACAUUAAUGUCGACGCAGCAACUUAUUCAAUUAUCAGUAAUUUUUGAACUAGUCGGAAGUGAGAGCGAAAAAAUACUCAGUGCCGUGUAUAGUAUACCCUGGGAAUGUAUGGACACAAGUAAUAGAAGAUUAGUUUCUUUCUUCUUAAUGAAUGUGAGGGAGCCAAUACAUGUGAAAGCUUUGGGCAUUGCCAAUGUCGGCGUCAUGUCUAUGGCUGCGAUUUUGAGAACUUCGUUAUCGUAUUUCACGUUUUUACGUAGCAUCUGA